UCAAGUCAACACAGUGUCAACGAGAACAAAAAAAUACUUUAAAAUGCCUGUCAUCGCUCAGUCCAGUGAACUCUUUGUGAGAAUUGCUGGGAUUUCCGGCGCUCUAGCUGUUGCUCUCGGGGCAUAUGGAGCUCAUGGUAUGAAAAAUCAACCCCCUGAUGUCAAGCAUACAUUUGAGACUGGAAACAGAUACCAUUUUUUGCACACCUUAGCUCUCUUGGGAGUUCAGUUUACUAAUCACCCCAGUCUGUCUGGCAGCCUCCUGGCACUUGGAAUGGUGUUGUUCUCCGGGACUUGCUACUUUUCUGCCCUGACCGGAUCCACUGCUCUCAACAGACUAGCUCCUAUUGGUGGCUUGACCCUCAUCGCAGGAUGGGCAUCCAUGGCUCUCAGAUAAAA